AUGGGUAACACUCCCGAACCAUCGCAAACCGAUGAGCAAGGCCAUUAUGUUGGUCCUGCAUCUGGUGUCUCAUUUCUGUUGAGGAUACAGAGGAAGCUACAGGUUCAAUCGCCGGGGUAUUUCAACUCGUCAGUUUUCAAUUUCGGCGACAGGCCACUGCCAGGGCAUGACUCCUCUUUCGCAAUCUUGCCGCCCAAGUCUCAGGCAGAGUCCAUGGUGAAGAGAUACUUUGACUUUGCAGCAACGACUCAUCGUUUUCUACAUCGUCCAUCCAUCGAGGCAUGGCUCGAGGAGUUGUACGAAACAAAUGGGGCUAUGCUAUACAAAGAAUCUGCUCGGAGCAGGACCGCGUUGUUGUUCAUGGUGUUUGCGCACUCAAACAACUACCGUAGUCGGCAGUCUACUGACAACAGCAACUCGAUCAUAGAGUCAGCUGAAACCAGCGCCCGGUUUUUUGCAGUUGCAGAGCAUCAACUGUCGAUGGAGAAGGGCGAGAUUAGGCUGCCUCAUGUACAAGCACGCCUAGCGCAGUGCUUUUACCUUUUGGCGCAAUCUCGGCUGAACCACUGCUGGACCCUUUUCGGCGUCACUGCGCAUCUGGCAAUGGCGCUUGGGAUACACCGCAAGUCGCGUGUCGACCCGAAAAUUGCAGGUCGUGUCAAUUAUGCCGAAUUGGAGUGCAGAAAACGCACCUUUUGGUGUGCUUAUAAUCUUAAUACUUAUCUCAGUGCCGCUUUGGGGCGACCCAUGACGUUUCAUGAUGAGGAUAUUGAUCAAGAGUUACCUCUUUGCGUGGAUGAUGAACAGCUUGGUAUCGGCUCGUCUCCAAGGCCACUUGCCUGUGGACCAUCAAUAACUUCAGCUACAGUGGCUCAAAUGAGGUUGUCUCGAAUAUUGGCUCGCAUUCUUAGAGCCCUUUACGGUAUUCAUCCGCCAUCAACUGAUGAGCAUUUUGAUCUCGCUGCAAAGUUCAAUCGAGACUUAUCGGAAUGGAGAGACCACAUUUCGUAUCUUCUUGAUGCAGGGGGCAGCUCUGCUAUUUUCGUCAAGUUGGUAUUGCGGCAACGCGACGUCCUGAAGCUCGCCUUCUGGCAUGCUCAGAUUUUGGUCCACCGCCCCUUGUUGCUUAAGUCUUUUACAGCAUUGGCAAACGAUACAUUUGGCAGCUCACCCCUGCUGGCCAGACAACAGGAGAUGCAGAAGAAUAUUGAGACAUGUAUAAAUGCUGCAACGAAUAUUGCACAGCACAUCGACCAAAUUGAUGCUGCUGGAGAGUUUUACAGCACAUUAUUCUUUAUUCCCUACUAUGGCUUCAGUGCUGUGGUGAUACUCUACGUUUACGCGAUUCAGCAACGGUCGGAAGCUCCAGAAUCGUAUGUCGAGUGCUUCCGCUUAGCUUCAAAGUGCCACGCGCAAAUCGAGAGCAUCGCAGUCAAAGGAUCGUUGAUGCAAAGAUACGGCGUCGUUUUGCAGGAGCUACGCCUUGAAGUGCUUCGAAACAAUAAUUACCUCGCCUCGGUGUCCACAGUCGACGCCGGAGGGGUAUCCGGUGGAGACAAUACCACCAUAUUAACGCAGACGAGAAUCCUACCAGCUGGCCAACCGCAAGAUUCGGGUAUGGACCAUCGAUUUGGUGGAAACCAUUCCGGUGUCAACGGGAGCGGACUGAGAGCAUCGAAUAGUCGGGACGUUGGUGAAGACAGGACUGCGAACAUUGCCGAAGACCUCGAGAACUCUGUGAAUGCGAUUGACAGCAGCUUUUUCCAUAUCACCAGCUGGGGCCAGUUUGACUCAUUGGUAGCAGGCGGCACUGGCAGCUUAGACGCUUUCCUACAGGAGGAGCCGACCGAUGUCUGGAGUAGUAUGGGCGCUGCCGAAUUCAAUGGCUGA